AUGUCGUGUGUUUUCUGUGCGAAUUCACAUCACCCAGCAUUAACGGACAAUCAAGUGGGAAUAUUGAAAAGUGUUGGUACAAUAAAUCUAGAUCCGCAGAAUUCCUCCGUCACUAUUCAGAAUGGCGGGUCUUUCACCACACUACCGCACGUCAGGCAAAUUAAGAAUACGGGCAACCAAGUUUUUCAGGCGGGUAUUCUUACCGACUAUAAACUAGCAUGCAAUCCGUCGCCAGCAGAAAUGUCCAGCGGAUUGACUUACAUUGCGCUAAUACAACGCGGUGGUUGCAGCUUUUCUACCAAGAUACAGAAUGCAUUGGAUGCAAAUUUUACGGGUGCUAUAAUUUAUGACAAUGAUAAUGACAAAUCCAGUUUCAAUUCGGAUGUCAAUUCACCUGCUUUUAUUAUUGACAUUCCGGCUUACUUUGUUGAUACCUCGGAAGGAAUGGAUUUACUGAACGAUCUGGCUAAGACAACUGCAACAAAUGUAGUAUACAUAGAAAUGACAAAUGCAGGUUUAUCCUCAACGUCAUCGACGUCAUCGACGUCAUCAAUGGAUCAGAAAAGACAUGCAUCAGUCUUGUUUUUCGUGCUGUUUGUGUUUGCCAUUGCAACGAUGUAUUUGUGUUUCCGCAUGCGCAGGAACAGAGAUCGUCAUAGGAGCCCCCACGGAGUAAUACCACUUCCACUGGUACAAAUCUUGUCUCAUCCUAAUAGUGGGAUUGACGAGAAUACUUUAGCCAAACUGAAGACGUGUCCGUUUAACGAAAAAUCCUUGGCCGAUGAGUCUUUGCAGAAUCAAACAUGCGUUAUUUGUCUCGAAGACUUUGAGGGGAAGGACAUGAUACGAGAAUUGCCUUGCGGACAUAUAUAUCACGUUCAGUGCAUUGAUCCAUGGCUAUUACAGACAUCAACCGUCUGUCCAACAUGCAAGCACGAUUGUUCGGAGAGUACCGCAGAACCUGCAACCAAUUCAGUUAAUGAUUGUUCGACAUCUGAUCAAAAUUCGACAGUUACCAACACACAAAAUGAUGAUCCAAUAAAUGUUAGUAAUGCGUCCGCGUCUAAUCUUGCGGACGAUUCCUCAUUAACUCCACCACCGGUAGCACACAAAUCACAAGAUAAAGGAUGUCACCACAUUCUGGCGAUUAUGAUAAACAUGUUAUUCCGUUGCAAUGUCUUGUACGGAUUAAAUCUCAAAAUUGGAAUAUGGAAUAUGGAAUGA